UAUUCCUCUGUGGGUCCGUUCUUUCUCUGAUGUUGCGGGUUUUACAACAAGAUUAGUUUAGAAUCAAUGUGGUGUUCUGAAUACGUUAAUGAAGGUGCUUUUAACCGAAAUAAUCGUGCGUGAUCGUCGUUCUGAUGCGCUGUGAUCCUCGCGAAGAGCGAAGCGUGUGUUUGCGUGUGUGUACAGUUUAUUUGCGUUGAUGACACAAGACGCGAAGAUAUCUGGUCCGACUAGAAUGAAAGUUUGAAAAAUAGAAAGAUAUUCGCUUCAACUUCGCCUUGCCCAGACAAGUGUCGUCUUUGCUUUUGUUCUUGUUGGUUAAUCUCGACCCCGAAUGCGACGAGCGUGUGUCGUACGCCGUGAUAAGUGUGCGCGAAAACGGACAAGUUCUUGCACGAGAAAGAAGUGCCGAAUUUCUUAUAUAAUUGUUGUGUAGUGGGCAAUCCGCCGCUUAUCCGCAAGUGUCUAGUGGUUUCUUCCGGCGGUUUCUUCCAAAAACAUUCGGAAGCCAAUCAUCGUCCGUGUUGUGUCGUCACCGAAAAGAAAGUUGAAAGCCGCCUGGAGCAGAGUCUUGUGUGUCGAAUACGUUAGUUAGUUUUACGUAAAACAAAGUUUCCAGAAUCCGGCACAAAACCGGCAAAUAAGCAUCAAUAAAUCAUCAUGUACACGAUGAAACCGAUUCCGGUCCAACAAUUGGGGACACAGCAGCAGCUGCAACCGCCGCAACGACAACCGAAAACUACGGCCAUCACGGAUGAUUACGAGAUUUCCAACACCGUGCUUGGAUUGGGUAUCAACGGGAAGGUGGUGCAAUGUAUGAGCAAGAAAACGGGGGAGAAAUACGCAUUGAAGGUACUUCAUGACAAUGCCAAGGCCAGACGAGAGGUAGAACUACAUUGGCGGGCCAGCGGUUGUCGAAACAUAGUGAAUAUUAUUGAUGUGUACGAGAACAGCUACAGUGGUAACCGAUGCUUACUCGUCGUUAUGGAAUGCAUGGAAGGAGGAGAGCUGUUCCAACGAAUCCAAGAACGACAGGAUGGUCCAUUUACCGAGAGAGAGGCUGCUCAAGUUAUGCAUGAAAUCUGUGUCGCUGUUAAGUACUUGCACGAUUCCAACAUCGCACACCGUGAUCUCAAGCCGGAAAACCUGCUCUACACUUCGCCCCAUCCGAACGCCAUACUGAAACUGACCGAUUUUGGAUUCUCGAAGGAAACGUUCAUCAAGGAUACGUUACAAACGCCGUGCUACACGCCGUAUUAUGUCGCACCGGAGGUGCUUGGACCGGAAAAGUACGACAAGAGCUGUGAUAUUUGGUCAUUGGGAGUGAUAAUGUACAUUCUUCUUUGCGGCUUUCCACCUUUCUAUAGCAAUCAUGGGUUAGCCAUUUCCCCAGGUAUGAAGGCACGGAUUCGUACCGGUCAAUACGAUUUCCCAAAUCCUGAAUGGAAGAAUGUGAGUCAAGCAGCAAAGGAUUUAAUCCGCGGGAUGCUCAACGUUGAACCGGAAAAACGUCUCACAAUCGAACAAGUGAUGAUGAACCCAUGGAUACGACGAUAUACGGAAGUACCACAAACACCUCUCCAUACAGGCCGAAUGUUGAAGGAAGGUGAAGAAAUAUGGCCUGAAGUACAGGAAGAGAUGACACGUUCGCUAGCGAAUAUGCGGGUUGAUUAUGAGAUGCACAUCAAGAAUCUGGACAGUUCGAAUAAUGCCCUGCUGAACAAAAGGCGAAAGCGUGGCGAGGAGAAAGCUACCAAGCAGUAAACUGGACUAACACUGGUUGAGCAGCAAAAGGACAGAGACCGUUCAUGAAGGGACCUGUCUGGUUUGUAAUGGCUAGGGUAACAGAUAAUUUUCAGACGACAAAACUCGGAAAACAGCAUUUGAGAAGCGGUCGUUCCAGCGUUUUUGGAACAUUUGUUUAUUGUAAACAGGAAAACGCAAUCAAUUUUUUUAAAACAAAAUCAACAAUUGUGUACUACGCUUUCAAAGCAUUCAGUAAACUCCAUCACAUAACUAGUAUUUUCUGCAAUGCAGAUAGCAUCGAAGGUUUGAUUUGUUUUCUUUUGUAUGUAACAACCAAUCAACAAAGCGAUUAGUGUAAAAUGUCAUCGAGAAUGUUUGUUUUAGGCAAUGAUAGCAUUUUAAUUUUAAAACUUUUGGUAAUAUUGUAUGUUUUAAACGUGUUUAAAUUUCAGAUUGAAAACCCGCAAAUAACUGUUUUAUGUGCUCACUGCCUUUCGUCCUUGGUAUGGGCAUAUGAAAUAUGGAAGAACACUAUAAACAAUUUAAAAUGUUUAAAAGUUUUUUAAGUCAACAGAAAAAGCCGAUCGAACAUAAAAAAAGAUCAUUUCGUAAUCCGCUUCGUCGAACAUAGAUUCAAUAGCAUGUCGAACGGAUAAUAUUGUAGACAUACCAAGGCGAACAUUUGUUUUAAAAACAAAGAAAGAAGCAUUAUGAGCGGAUUACAUAAGAACACGAAUGUGUUCCCGCAAAGUUAAAGACUAGAGUUGUGCGCUGUUAAUGAAGGUUGUGCGACCCCUUUUGAAUCAGGCCACAUUUUUGAAGUGGGGGUUUGUUUGGGAGCUGAAGACAUUUACACAAAUCGUUGAAAACUGCAUCAAUUACGCGGAAGCGGAUGUACAUGUUUAACCAAAUCAACAGCGUGCCGUGUGUUCGAUUCGUAAUGUUUUACCUUUCGCAAAAUCAAGCAAAUUGAAACAAGAAAACAUUCCGUUUAUCCUAUAUCAUCCAUUAACCAAUGCAACCCAUAACCGGGGAUCCAUUGAAAUCCGGGGAUCUUUCUAAUGUUAUUCACUUGUCUUCUGGAAUCAAUAGCUUGUUACUCUGUUUAUCUGUUCUUUCGAAAACAACGAAAUGUUUUUCGCUGCUUGUGACCACAAGAUAUGACCGUUGUUGGUGAUUCACAAAAUUCGCUAGAUAAUCGACAGUUCCCAUGAAACUAUUCAAAGGCGCCUGUUAAAUAUAAGAGACGAUUCUUAACAUAAAACCAUGUAUUGAAACCGGAUGUUUUAGGUUGGAAAAGAAAAUGAAUAGCGAAUAAAACGCAUCACGUCACGAAAGACAUCCCUUAACAAUUCCAACGUGCUUUUGCCGAGGAGAAUAACGUUGUUGAAAAGCAAACAAAAAUCAUAAUUACUGAAGCCAGACCCAAAAACAGCUUAGGUUUGCUACAUAUGCGUGGCUUUAUUUUGUCGUCAAUAAAAAAUAUAAUAUUUUUAUUUAUACCUAUA